AUGAACCUGCUACUGCCUUUGCUGCCUACAACCCGGCAGCUACUUUCAACAGUGUUUGUCAUCUUCAAGUGGUUCGGUUUCAUCCCGUUUCCAUUUGACUGCAUUGCGUUUAAGCUGCUUCCUGCGAGCGGUAGGUGGCCGCAGUUUGUGUUUCCUGUGCUGCAACUUCUGUUUUACAUUCUGCUUCAUGCAAUCGUUGUACUGUAUCGACAUGUCAUCCUAAAUACCGAGCUGCAGAUACUCGCCAUGAACGAUAUUCUGAAGUAUGGCACCGAGAUGGUGGCAAUCUAUGUGAUCUUGAUCAACAUAAUUCUCCAGCGCAACGUACAUCGCGCUGUUUGGGUGAAAUUGGCGUACCUUCGAAAGGUAUACCAACGGAAGGAUCUGGUGGACCGCUUUUUGCGAACGUAUCUGGCUAAAUUCUACGGUUAUAUGGUGUAUUCUGGAUUCAUCGUGGUGCAGGUGUUUCGCAGCGUUGCCAAUAGUCCCCCCGAUAUCGCAUAUUGGACCGUGAUUUUGAUACUGCACGCGUUCGUCCGGUUAAGGCAUUUGUACCAUCUGUUCUUUAUCGAUGUGCUGCGGUUACAUUUAAGGCAGCUUACCGUUCGUCUAACGGAGACUGCGGAGUAUGCGAAGUGGCUUUGGUCGUGUGACAAGCGGUCCCAACAGUACCUUCUCGGUCACCAGCGGAUUAUCGACGAUCUGUUAGAGCUAAAGUGCGUUUAUGGGGAGUUGUGGGAGAUGAAUGACUGCAUUAAUCGAUCGUUCGGAUGGUCACAGAUAUGCAAUUUCACGGGGAACUUUGUGCAGCUAUCGUGUGAUUUCUACUGGUGCUAUGUAGCGGCGAAAGGAUUAAGUUUCGAAGGGUGCAAAGUUGUAUUCCUCACGCUGCUACCGACGGUUGGUUUGCUCGGUCUUUUGCUUUAUUCUGCAGAGAGCUGCCUUCGUGUGGGCACAUCCUUGGGAACGCUGCUCCUGGAUUUUCCCUCCGGAAACGAUGCCAUGGUCAAUAAGAUCGUCUACCGGUUUGCAUUGCAAAUGUCGCAACAAAAAAUUCACUUCACCGCUCACGGAUUGUUGGACAUCAACUAUAAGCUACUCAAGAUGUUCGUCACUGGAAUCAUUACCUAUGUCACCAUUUUCAUUUCCUUUUCCAACGAUUUAUCAUUUCAAAAAACCUAA